GAAAUACACUUGAUCCCAAAUUUUAAUCCUUUGGAGCUAAACCCUCCUCAAAAUUGUUGCCUUCUUUUCGUCUCCGUCUGUUUAGCCGUUCUCUUUCCUUCUGUUUUUAAUAGUCUCCCUUUCUUGUUUCUGAGUUGUUUUUAUCGAUCUUCUUGUGAAGAUAAGAAGCGGGACUGGACCUUCUGUGACACACAGGAUGUAAUGAUGUUUGCUGUAGGUUGUGCCAAAGGAAUCGCUAACCAACUUUUCAGAAAUCCCAGAUGGAGGUCUGGACUCUUUGUGCAUCACCUCCAGUUCCCUAAUUACACCGUCUAUACAAAGCAGAGACCUUUUGUAGAAGUACCACAUGGAUCAGCUUCUUCAAAUCAAAACGUAUUCGAGUACUGCUGCAGACGUCACAUGAGUAACUCGACGGUAGAGCUAAGAACUGAAGAUAAUGUGGUGAGGUUUUCUUUCAGCAACAACACCAAAAGUGUGCCUAUGAGGACAGAGAAGAAAUGGAAACGAGCUAAAUCGUCAAGAAAGGCUAAAGUGAAUGAGUUAAGGUUUUACCGUCUAAAGGCCAAAAAGAAGAUGAAUUCUCCAAAUCCUGAAGUUAGGAUUCGAUAUAAGCUCGAAAAGGCCAAGAGAAAAGAAGAAUGGUUGAUUGAGAAACUGAGGAAAUACGAUGUCCCGAAAACGCCAGCAGAAGCCUAUGAUCCAGAGACUUUGACAGAGGAAGAGCAGCAUUACCUAAAACGUACAGGCGAAAAGAGAAAGAACUUUGUACUUGUGGGAAGACGAGGAGUGUUUGGAGGUGUGGUCCUGAACAUGCACCUCCAUUGGAAAAAGCACGAGACUGUUAAAGUUAUCUGCAAGCCGUGCAACAAACCCGGGCAGAUCCAUGAGUAUGCAGAGGAGCUUGCUAGGCUAAGCAAGGGAAUCGUGAUCGAUGUUAAACCUAACAACGCCAUAGUACUCUACCGCGGGAAAAACUAUGUCAGACCACAAGUGAUGUCUCCUGUUGAUACACUCUCUAAAGAUAAGGCUUUGGAGAAAUAUCGGUAUGAGCAAUCGCUUGAACAUACGAGUGACUUCAUAGAGAAGCUCGAGAAAGAGCUUGAGGAGUAUCACAAGUACGUUGCUCGGUACAAGAAGAAGGAUGAGGUAGAUUCAAAGAGCAAAGCAGUGUAAUUUGGAGAUUUUGUUUGGCCUCAAAAACCCGAAUCUGAAAAGAGUUGAAUAUCUUUGCUUUUUCUCAGUCUUUGUUACUUGCAUUGAAUUUUUUCAAGUGCUAGAGCGGAUUCGAAUAAAGUAGUUGAUUUACUAGAACCAUCUUACACUAGCUUCAUAGCAUGUUUUGGAGUAAUUAUCUA